AUGCAGGCUCAGGCUAAUUUAGCGUCGACGCAGGCGAUAACGCAGACCCAAAGUCUCGCAGCAGUUCAAACGCUGCUCAGGGCUGGACUGUCUUGCAUAACAUUCCUUAGAAACCUACUCCCGGAGGAGAACUUUGCCGAAAGUCAUUUGACAACGGCGGACGACUCUAUCAUAUCGUCCUCUGACGCAGACGCGACUCCAAUGAAUAAAACUCGAAGCAACAAGGUCAAUGGGUUCAGAAUCAUGACUAUGGUCCGGGGCUACACGGACGAGGCUGAUAGGAUUCUCAAUUACUUGGAGAAUGGUAUUUUCGACGCCUUGGAGAAGCAGUACCUUCGAAGCUUCAUCUUUGCAAUUUACUUGGUAUUUCGCUGA